AUGACAGGAUUCAUCAGCUUAGAUUGUGGGUUGGUCCCCAAGGACACAACCUAUGUGGAGAGAACGACGAACAUAACAUACAUAUCAGACGGGACUCACAUCGAUAGUGGCGUGGUCGGGAGGAUCAUCAACGACACGUUAAGGACGCAAUUUCAACAACAGGUUUGGAACUUAAGAAGUUUCCCUGAUGGUCAAAGAAACUGUUACAACUUCAACCUGACAAGGAACCAGAGGUAUCUGAUCAGAGGAACCUUUCUGUACGGGAACUACGACGGUCUGAAUCUACUCCCUAGCUUUGAUCUUCACAUUGGUCAGACCAAAUGGACCUCUGUUUCAAUCCGAGAAUUGAGCAGUUCUUUGAUCCGCGAGAUCAUCCAUGUCUUAACAGAAGACAGUCUCCAAAUCUGUCUAGUCAAAACAGGAGAAACGACACCGUUUAUUUCGUCCUUGGAACUUCGUCCGUUGAACAAUAAUAAUACGUACGUGAGUCAAAGCGGAUCGUUGAUGUUAUUUAACAGAGUUUACUUUUCACCCACUCCAUCGUUCAUCAGACGCUCGCUGUAUAGGUACGAUGAGGACAUCCAUGACCGAAUCUGGGUGCCAUUCAUUAAAGACAACACAACUUCGAUAAGCACAGACCUUCCUGUGGAUACAAGUAACCCCUACAAUGUGCCUCAACUCGUAGCGAAAACCGCUAUGAUCCCUGCAGACCCAACUCAGCCUCUGAACAUACGUUGGAGUUUCGGUGAAAUCACUGCACAGUCAUAUGUAUACAUGCAUUUCGCUGAAAUACAGAAUCUUGAAGCUGGCGAGAAUAGAGAGUUCAACAUUACUUUCAAUGGCUUACCUUGGUUCAGCUCCUUUAGCCCCUCAAAGCUUAGCAUAACAACUAUAUUCAGUUCAAGAGCUAUGAGUUCUCCUGAUGGGACAUUCAGUUUCACUUUCACUAUGACCGGUAAUUCAACUCUUCCCCCUCUUAUCAACGGCCUUGAGAUUUAUAAAGUCAUAGAAACUUAA